GCGUCCGCGAAACUACAGCCUAGUGGCGGCGAGGAGCUCCGCCUUUCUCUCUGCCUCUCCGCCUGGGCUCCAGGGAGCCAUUCCAGGACCGUCUUCCCUUCCGCCGAUCCUGGGCCUGGAAGGAAACGGAGGGGAACACGCAGUCGCUUUCCCCCUCUGGUUGCAUUGUGUUCUGGUUCUCAGUGGCCCCUGUGCAGCUGAACACAGGAAAUAAGAAAAAAAGCUUUAAUCCAUCAUGACUGUUCCAAUAGCAGUCCUGGAUUGUGAUCUCUUGCUUUAUGGUCGUGGACACAGGACACUUGAUCGCUUCAAACUGGAAGAUGUUACUGAUGAGUAUUUAGUAUCUACGUAUGGCUUCCCACGUCAGUUCAUUUACUAUCUGGUAGAUCUUCUGGGAGCCAAUCUUUCUCGUCCUACCCAGCGAUCCAGGGCAAUUAGCCCAGAAACUCAGAUUCUUGCUGCAUUAGGUUUUUACACUUCUGGCUCUUUCCAGACCCGCAUGGGAGAUGCCAUUGGCAUCAGUCAGGCAUCUAUGAGCCGUUGUGUUGCCAAUGUUACUGAAGCCCUGGUGGAGAGAUCUUCUCAAUUCAUUCAUUUUCCAGAGGACGAUGCAUCUGUGCAGCAACUGAAAGAUGACUUCUACACAUUGGCAGGUAUGCCAGGAGUGCUAGGACUUGUUGAUUGCACCCAUGUAGCAAUAAAGGCACCAAAUGCUGAAGACUUGUCAUAUGUCAAUCGAAAGGGCCUUCAUUCCUUGAACUGCCUGAUGGUUUGUGAUGCGAGAGGAUUGCUGCUGAGUGCAGAAACACAUUGGCCAGGCAGCCUGCAGGACUGCACUGUGCUGCAGCAGUCAGGCCUAAGGAACCAGUUUGAAGCUGGCAUGCACAAAGAUGGGUGGCUCCUUGGUGAUAAUUCCUUCUUUCUUCGCACUUGGCUAAUGACUCCACUGCAUAUCCCUGAGACACCUGCAGAGUAUAGAUAUAAUAUGGCACACUCAGCUACUCACAAUAUCAUCGAACAAACAUUCUGGUCCAUUCGAUCCCGGUUCCGUUGUUUGGAUGGAUCAAAGGGCACACUGCAAUAUUCUCCAGAGAAGGCCAGCCAUAUCAUCUUAGCUUGUUGUGUGCUUCAUAACAUAGCUCUUGAGCAUGGGCUAGAUAUAUGGUCUUCUUUAACAAUGGGACAGAUGGAACAGCCAGAGGAAGAAUAUGAGCAUAUGGAAUCACUUGACUCUGAAGCCUACCAAGUUCGCAAAGAAUUGUUGAUCACUCACUUUAGCUAACACGAUGAGACAUAUCACUUCAGUCUUAAAAAAGAGUGUGUGGGGGAAGAAAAUAUGGCUCAUUCUGAUUUUUGGGAAAAGUGUGUAGUUGAAGAGAAUUAGGAUGGGAUUAUUUGUAGGCACUAUGGGGGAAAUAAUAAUUUUCUAUAUGGAAAAUAUGCUGCAUUUAAAAGGCUUUAAUAUGCAAGUUCAAGCUGAGUCUGAGAAUGCUCAGAAUUUCACUACUAAUGUUCAGCCUUUUCAGAAGAUACUUCUUCAAGGACACAGAUACAAAAUCAAAGAGGAUGACUGUCUUCAUAAAAUGUAUUAAUAUCUUUAAGGAUAGUAAAAUAUAAUAAAAAGUAUCUUGAGCACA